AUGGGAUUUACGUUGUUUCUUUGUUGUUUGAUAUUAGCAUGUGCGAUGAUGGUGGCGGCAAGUUCAAUAAUUCAUUUUGCCGUGGUAAGUUUACUUUUUGUAGUUGUAUUCGGUAGUGGUUUGUUAAUUAUUGAGGGUGGAAGUUUUAUGCCUUUAGUGGUGUUAUUAGUUUAUUUAGGGGGGUUAUUGGUGGUGUUUGCUUUUUGUGUUGGGUUUACUGAUGAUCCAUUUGGGGGGUUUUGAGGAGUGGGGGUGUCUAAGUGGGUCGUAUUUUUUUGAUGGGCGGGGUUCUUUCGUGGGGUUUAUUCACGAUAUUGGCGUUUGUGGUGUUGGGGAAAGACUAGUGCGGGGGAGUUUUGGGGCGAGGUAGUUAGUAGUGAGUUGUUAGGGGUUAGUCAGAUGUAUUCUGAUGGGUGGGCGUUCAUUGUGGUGUGCGGGUGAGCUUUACUGGUGGUGUUAUUCGUAAUUACAGGGUUUGUUCGAGGGUAUCGUCAGGGGGCGUUUCGCUCUUUUAGG